AUAUUGCUAUGUGUGUGUGUAUAUAUAUAUAUAGAGAGAGAGAGAGAGAUUGGGACCAGUUGGGACGUAAAUCCACGAUCACGGGAAAGGAGGUGGAAGGGGAAGAGAAAGAACGAAAAGCCUCGUUCCCUUGAGAUCUCCACAGGAAUUCUCUUCUGAAUCAAGGGGCGAACGGGAGCGGUCGCCGUGGGAGGAGAGGAGGGCAGACGAGAAAGGAAUGGAAUUGUUCUACUGCCUGGCGUUCGGGGGUUUGUCGAUGGUGGUGGCGGCGCUGGAGCUGAGCAAGACCAACAAAGACCGCGUCGCCAUCUCCUCCGCCUUCAACUCCUUCAAGAACAACUACCUCGUCGUCUACUCCCUCGCCAUGGCUGGUGAUUGGUUGCAGGGUCCUUAUGUCUACUACCUCUACAGCCAGUAUGGUUUCGACAAGGGAGAUAUUGGGCGGCUCUUCAUUGCAGGAUUUGGAUCUUCCAUGCUGUUUGGGACAAUUGUCGGAUCUCUGGCUGAUAAGCAGGGUCGGAAGAGGGCUUGUGUGACCUAUUGCAUAGCUUAUAUUCUCAGUUGUAUCACUAAGCAUUCUCCGGAGUACAAGGUUUUGAUGUUGGGACGUGUAUUGGGAGGAAUUGCAACAUCUCUACUCUUUUCAGCCUUUGAGUCAUGGCUUGUUGCAGAACAUUUUAAGAAAGGUUUUGAUCCGCAAUGGCUAUCAUUAACUUUCUCCAAAGCGAUAUUUCUUGGCAAUGGUCUUGUUGCCAUCAUCUCUGGGUUAUUUGCAAAUGUAUUGGUUGAUAACCUAGGACUUGGCCCUGUGGCUCCAUUUGAUGCUGCUGCAAUCCUCCUUGCAAUAGCCAUGGUCAUUAUCUUACCCUCAUGGAGUGAAAACUACGGAGAUCCUUCUGAGAGCAACGAUUUAAUUGCUCAGUUCAAGGUUGCUGCUGUAGCCAUUGCUUCUGAUGAGAAAAUUGCUUUGCUGGGUGCAAUACAAUCACUCUUUGAGGGCUCUAUGUAUACUUUUGUAUUCUUGUGGACUCCUGCUCUAAGCCCAAAUGAUGAGGACCUCCCUCAUGGCUUUAUUUUUGCUACAUUCAUGUUGUCUUCAAUGUUGGGGAGCUCCAUUGCAUCUCGGCUUCUGGCCCGUCCAACACCCAAAGUUGAAAGUUAUAUGCAGAUUGUUUUUGCAAUCUCUUCCUUCACUCUAAUGCUUCCUACUUUUACCAGUUUCCUGGUAGCACCUUCCACGGAGAACGGUGGGAGCAUCUCAUUUGGGGGUCGUAUCCUAUUCUUUGGUUUCUGUGUCUUUGAAGCAUCCGUGGGAAUUUUUUGGCCAUCAAUUAUGAAAAUGAGAUCUCAGUACAUUCCUGAGGAGGCCAGAAGCACAAUCAUGAACUUCUUCCGCAUUCCUCUGAACAUUUUUGUCUGCAUUGUGCUUUACAAUGUGAGCGCUUUCCCCAUAACUGUCAUGUUUGGAAUGUGUUCAAUUUUCCUGUUUAUGGCUUCAAUCUUGCAAAGGCGGCUGAUGGUGGUUGCUGAGAUCCAUAGAUCAAGGGCACAAGAUUGGCCAUCUUUAAAUGAGAGGGAUGGUGAGACAGCGCCAUUGAAUAUCUAAUCAGCAAGAAGACAACUGGAGCACAAUAGAAGUUGCAAUUCACAUUAAGGCACCACCACUAGCUGAUGUAGCUGAGCUGAUAAAUAAGAUGGUUUCAGAGGAGUUUUGGACGUUUGGAAGAACCGUUAGCACAUGAAUAUCAUUCAAAAACAGCAGACUGUUCCAUAUGGAGAACUCUCCUUUAGUCUUAGAUUUUCCUUUUCUUUGUAACAGAGAAGUGAUCUACUCAUGCAUAGCAACCCGCCCGAUAGGUUAUACAUUGAUCAUCAUUUUUUGCUGUUCUGUUGCCAUUUUCCUGAUCUGAUGAAGAUACGAUUGUUCCCAUGCCUCAUUCUUUAAUAUUCUUUGCACAUAUGCAAAACAUGGGUUUCUAACAGCAUUCUUUUGUAGUAUUUCUUUUGUAACUCUUGAUUACUGUUGCUAAAAAAUCACUUUAUAAUAAGAAGUGUAUGUUGUUGCA